AUGCCUCUUCAGAUGAUUCAACGGACCGGUCAACUGCGUCAGCUGCCGCGCAAAGGACCGGCAUUCCACGGCUCCAUGGAUGACGACGUCGGUGACCGCUUCGCAAGCUCCAAGCCUGUCAGAGACAACAAGGGAGAGUUCACAGGCUUCAAGCCUGGCAUCAUCGACGGUUCUGGCAGAGACUUCAGCCAUGCUCACUGGCGGACGCUCCUCGUCUUCUACGCCGCAGACAACUGA